AUGUCUGCGCCCGAAACUGAUACCCCACAUUGCAAGGUCGUGCUGGCCGGAACCAUUGCGAAAAGCCUUCUCGCAGAGGUCGCAGAAGGACUCAAGCAAAUCGAAAGGAAGCCUUUACUGGUCGGCUUCCUCUCCAGUGCAGACCCCGCUGCCAGAGUCUACGCCGAGUGGACAGGAAAAACCUGCCGCGAAAAUGGCUUCGAAUUCUCUCUCCGCGAAGUCCCCCGCGACGACCUCGAAGAAGCCCUCAUCACCGUCAACACCGACCGCACCGUCGACGGCAUCAUAGUUUACUACCCCAUCUUCGGCAACCGGCAGGACCAGUACCUCCAGCAGAUCGUCGAUGUCUCUAAGGAUGUCGAGGGCCUCUCUCACCGCUACAUCUUCAACAUGUACCAGAACAUCCGCUUCCUCGACUCCCACAACGCGAAGAAAAGCAUCCUACCCUGCACGCCUCUAGCCGUUAUCAAGAUUCUCGAGCACUUAAGGGUGUAUAAUACGAUUCUGCCGUAUGGGAAUAGGCUGCAUGGGCACACGAUCACGGUCAUCAAUCGCUCAGAGGUGGUAGGACGGCCGCUAGCGGCGCUGCUGGCAAAUGAUGGGGCGAGGGUGUAUAGUGUUGAUAUCGGGGAUGUGCAGCAGUUCCAUCGCGGCCAGGGGCUCAAGAAGAAGAGGCACGAGGUUGUAGAGAUGCCGGGUUGGACUCUGGAGAACUGUCUGCCGGUGAGCGAUGUGGUGAUCAGUGGCGUGCCUGGGGACAGCUACAAGGUCCCCGUACAUUUGUUGAGAGAGGGUGCGGUGUGCAUCAACUUCUCGAGUGAGAGGAACUUCAGCCCAGAAGUCAAGGAGAAGGCAUCAAUCUACGUCCCAGCCAUUGGGAAAGUCACGAUCGUCGUGCUCCUACGAAACCUUCUCGUAAGUCCACCUAUUGUCCUCCCGUAA